AUGGAGAAGGAUUUGAGUGACAAUAGACAUUGUAGGAGAAGGAACGAUGAGGAUGUGAAGAAAGUUGAGCGGCAACGGUAUAGGGAUAGAAGCAGCUCGGAUGAUGAUGGCGGAAGAGGUGAUAGGAGGGCGAGGAGGCGAACAAUUGAACAUGAACGUGGUGAUGAUGAUGAUGGUGGUGGUGGUGGUAAUAAUGGAAGGGAUGAUAGGAGGUUGUCGAGGCGAAGAACUGAACGUGGAACUAGGGAUGAUAGCGAUGAUGAUUUGAAGCGGAAGAGUCAAAUAGAUGAACGUGAAGAUAGUGCUGAAAAGGGUUAUAGGAGGCUAAAAGAAGAGCAGGAAGAAGAAGAAGAAGAAGAUGAAGGUGACAGAGAUAAAACGAGGGAGAGGAGGAGAAAAAGUGAACAGGUAGAUGCUGAUGAGAAGGAUGAUAGGAGGGAGAGAAGACUAAGAAAUGACCGUGAAGAUGAUGCUGGAAGGGAUGACAGAAGACAGAGGAGACCAAAGGAUGGAAGUGAAGAAGAUGAUGAAAGGAGGGAUGGUAGGAAGGAAAGCGCAAAAAAUGUAAGCCAAGUUGAUGAGGACGUUGAAAGAGAUGAUAGAAGUAAGAGGAAACGCAGACAUGAAAGUGAAGCUGGUGAUGUAAAGGACGAUAGAAAGGAGAGGAGUCGAAGGAAUGGAGAUGAAAGAAACGAUAGGAAGGAGAGGAGUCGAAACAAUGGAGAUGAUUGGAGGGAGAAAAAGCAACGGGAGUCUGAUGAUGAAAAGGUGCAAAAGAGAAGGGAGGGUAGGGUUGAUCGGUAUAAUGACGGUAGAGAAGGGGAUAGGAAAGAGAAGAGUAGGAAUAUAGAAAGAGAAAAGAAGGAUGAUGGUGAUGCCAAUGAUACAAAGGAUACAAGGCAAAGGAUUGGGGCUGAUAAGCAUGGAAAAGACAAUAAUAGGGAAGAUAAUACCCAAGAAGAUGGGGCUCUGAAAGCCAGUGAGGUUUCCAAGGUGCAAAAGCAAGAUGUUAAUUUGAAUGUCGAUACAACAAAAUUGGGCAGGAGUGGGGGAGUGUACAUUCCACCAUUCAAAUUGGCUAGGAUGAUGAAGGACGUUCAGGACAAGAGCAGUGUUGAGUACCAGAGGAUGACUUGGGAUGCUCUGAGAAAGAGUAUCAAUGGACUGGUGAAUAAAGUUAAUGCAGCAAACCUCAAAAACAUUAUUCCAGAAUUAUUCGCAGAGAAUUUAAUUCGAGGGAGGGGUUUGUUUUGUAGAUCCUGUAUGAAGUCCCAAAUAGCUUCUCCGGGUUUUACUGGUGUGUUUGCUGCUUUGGUUGCAGUCGUUAAUACCAAGUUCCCUGAAGUGGGUGAUCUUUUGUUAAGAAGGAUCAUACUGCAGCUGCAAAGAGCUUAUAAACGUAAUGAUAAGCCUCAGCUGUUAGCAGCUGUCAAAUUUAUUGCUCACCUUGUGAACCAACAAAUCGUCCACGAGCUUAUUGCUCUUGAACUACUCACGGUUUUGUUGGAGAAACCUACUGAUGAUAGUGUUGAGGUUGCAGUUGGUUUUGUUACAGAAUGUGGUUCAAUGCUUCAGGACCUCUGUCCACGAGGAUUACAUGGAAUCUUUGAGCGGUUCCGUGGUAUACUUCAUGAAGGAGAAAUAGAUAGACGUGUUCAGUUCUUAAUUGAAAGCCUAUUUGCAUUGCGUAAAGCAAAAUUUCAGGGUUACCAAGCUGUGCGUCCAGAACUUGACCUUGUUGAGCAGGAAGAUCAAUUAACACAUGAAGUCUCUCUUUCAGAUACAAUAGAUCCAGAAAUUACUUUAGAUAUUUUCAAGCCGGAUCCUAAUUUCCUAGAGAACGAAAGAAAGUAUGAAGAAUUAAAGAAGGCAAUACUUGGUGAUGAAUCUGAAGAAGGAGACUCUGAUGCCGAAUCAGAGGAUGAAGAUGACAAUGAAGAUGAAGAGUCUGAAGAAGAAGAUGAGGAGCAAAUGCAAAUAAAGGACGAAACAGAGACAAACUUAAUCAACCUUCGGAGAACGAUUUACCUUACUAUUAUGUCUAGCGUUGACUUUGAAGAAGCAGGGCAUAAGCUGUUGAAAAUCAAACUAGAGCCUGGUCAGGAGAUGGAAUUGUGCAUAAUGUUAUUGGAGUGCUGCAGUCAGGAGAGGACUUAUCUUCGUUACUAUGGACUACUGGGACAGCGAUUUUGCAUGAUUAACAAAAUCCAUCAAGAAAACUUUGAGAAAUGCUUUGUGCAGCAGUACUCCAUGAUCCACCGGCUCGAAACUAAUAAACUUCGUAAUGUCGCCAAGUUUUUUGCUCAUUUGCUCGGCACUGAUGCUCUUCCUUGGCAUGCUUUGGCUUAUAUACGGCUGACUGAGGAGGACACAACCUCCUCUUCUCGUAUAUUUAUUAAAAUCCUAUUCCAGGAAAUGUCGGAGCACCUUGGUAUCCGCUUGUUGAAUGAGCGUCUAAACGACCCAACCAUGCAAGAUUCUCUCGACUCUAUUUUCCCAAAGGACAAUCCCAAGAAUACAAGGUUUGCUAUCAACUUUUUCACUUCAAUUGGUCUUGGUGGAAUUACUGAAAAUCUACGAGAGUAUCUAAAGAACAUGCCUAGGCUUAUAAUGCAACAACAAAAGCCCGUUUCUGAAUCAGAUGAUGAGUCUGGUUCAGAGUCUUCAGGAACUGAAUCAUCAUCAUCCAAUUCUGACGACAGUGAUAGUGAAAGUGAUGAUAGUCGAAGGAAGCAGAGGAGGAGGAGAAGAUAAACGAGCCAUGUAUCUUCAAAGAACAAAUUACCAAAUUGUACGAUUUGGCAGUGUCUUCAAAUUCUAUUGUCUCUGAUUCUAGAGUUGAUUGGACUUAAUUAUAGAAGAAAUAUGAAUGUAAAGACUGCAACCAAGGCGAGUUUUGUGUGGAAAAGGAUGAUCAACAUCUCAAACCAUGGCCUCGGAAACAAAUGUGGAAGUGAGCUCCUCAUAGAAGCGAAAGGUAGUGGAGAUGUUUUGAAGAGAAGCAGAGCUCAGUUCUAAGAUUGUAUCUUGUUAUUAAGCUUUACUGGAAUUCUAAAAGAGCCUCUCUAAAGACUUGAUGAGGGUGUAUUUGUGGAUCUUUUGCUCACUUGUUCAGAAUCCCAGCACUAGAUUUUGUUUUUUUUAUGACUACAAUUAUUCACCGUUUACGAAAAUAGAAGUUUAGGGGAACCUUGUAUUGCUUGGAAACCUGAACAUUCAAACUAUUUUAAUUGUUCCGGAAAAGAAACAGGAGGCGUUGAAGCCAAGCUGAUACAUA